AUGAGAUGCACCCAUUACGCAUACACCGAGGCUCGCCACUACAAACGUGGAGGGCAUGCAAAGAAGCCUUUUGACAUGGAUUUCACAUGCCUCAUCUGUUGUGAUAUCUUCAUCGAUCCGGUCACUCUGAAAUGUAGCCACAGUUUGUGUGAGAAAUGCCUCCAGCGUUUUUGGACGACUCAGGAUGUGCCGCACUGUCCAGUCUGUCGGAAGGAAUGCUCUCACGACGAGCCCACCAAGAGCCUGGCGUUCAGAGCACUCUGUGAGACCUUCAAGAACAGAAAACCCACUGCUGUUUCAGGAGACGUUUGUCCAGAACAUAAAGAGGCACUCAAACUCUUCUGCUUUGAGGACCAGCAGCCCAUCUGUGUGGUCUGUUACACAUCAAAGAAGCAUGAAAAUCACAAGUGUUCUCCUGUCGACGAGGCCGCUGGGAAUUUAAAGGAGGAUCUCAAGACUCAAAUGGACAGACAUCAGGCAACACUCACAGAGCUCAAGAAAGCCCAAAAGAGCUGCCUGAAACAGGCUGAGCUCAUUAAGAAACACACCAGUAUAACAGAAAACCAAAUCAAGAAGGAAUUUGAGAAGCUCCAUCAGUUUCUUACAGAGGAAGAGAAGAAACAGAUCAGGUCGUUGCGUAAAGAAAUGGAACCUAAAGAUGAGAAACUCAAGGCUAGAAUAGAGAAUUUCUCCACACAGAUAUCAGAUCUGUCUGAGAGGAUGGCAUCCUUCUGGCAGGAUAUGGAAGCUGAAAACAUCUCAUUCCUCCAGAAUUACAGCAAUACAUUAAAAAGACUCAAAUGCCCAUCAGUACCAAACAGGACCCCUGUAUUACAGCAAUAUCAAAUUCAUCAGUAUCACAUUCAGACAAUCAUUUUCACCACCUGGGCCAGAAUGCAGAAUCUUGUGGAACACCCUCCUGUGACUCUGGAUCCAGACACAGCCUCCAGUAAACUGCUGGUGUCAGAGGAUUGCACCAGUGUUGAGUAUGUAGAAGCGAAACUGCAUGUGUCUGAUAACCCAAGGAGGCUGCAGGAGGGGGUACUGGCCUCACAGGGCUUCAGCUCAGGUGUGCACUGCUGGGACGUAGAGGUGGGAGAUAGCAAUAACUGGACACUAGGAGUGAUGGGGGAAAGAGUGAACCGCAAAAAACUUUGCAAAAUGGAUCCAAAAAAUUGUUUCUGGUGUUUUCGUAAUGUAGAUGGUACAUACAAGAAAGGAAAUAAACCUGUCAGUGAUAUUGAUUGCAAUGAAAGGCCAAAUAUCAUCCGACUGCAGCUGGACUUUGAUGAAGGAGAGCUGAGAUUCACUGAACCCUUCAGAAACAGAAGUCUGUGCACCUACACGGGUGGAUUUCCAGAGAUCACCACUGAGUAUUUCUACAAUCAAAAAAACAAAACACCAAAAACAAAACUGCCACAAAACUAA